AUGUCCUUCUCAGUCACGCGUCCAAGCUCCCUGCCCACCAUCUCUGCAUCAUGGCCUCCCCUCUCGACAUCAUCCUCAUCGUCAAUCACAUCACUGCCACUCUUUUCGCAUCAUCCCUAUCCCUCUCGCCUGGACCAGACCCGCUUCUCCUGCCACGCCUCCAUGUCCGGUCCUCGGCCCACCGACGCCGACGCCCCCAAAAAGGUGACUAUCAGUCACUUGCACGGUCUCCGCCGCAAGGGAGUGCCCAUUGUCGGCAUGACAGCUCACGACUUUCCUUCUGCUCUCGUCGCCGACCGUGCCGGCAUCGACAUCAUCCUUGUGGGUGACAGCCUCGCCAUGGUGUCCAUGGGAAUGGAUGACACCAGUGAGAUUGUUCUCGAAGAAAUGAUUAUGCACUGUCGUUCUGUUUCCCGUGCCGCCAAGUCUGCCUUUAUCAUUGGCGACCUCACCAUGGGCUCAUACGAGAUCUCCCCCCAGCAAGCCCUCACCUCCGCCAUUCGCCUAGUCAAGGAAGGACGUGUCCACGGCAUCAAGCUUGAGGGUGGCCGUGAGAUGGCCCCCACUAUCCGUGCCAUCACCACGGCGGGCAUCCCCGUCUUCGGCCACAUCGGCCUGACCCCGCAACGUGCAAACUCCCUCGGGGGCUUCCGCAUUCAGGGAAAAACCCGCGAGUCCGCCAUGAGUAUCCUCAGAGACGCCCUCGCCAUCCAGGAGGCCGGGGCUUUCGCCAUGGUGCUCGAGGCCGUCCCAGCAGAGAUGGCGGCUCUCAUCACCGAAAAGUUGAGGGUGCCCACCGUUGGCAUCGGCGCCGGUGCCGGGUGCGCCGGCCAGAUCAUCGUCCAGGUUGACGCGACGGGUAACUACCCAGAGGAUCGCUUCACCCCCAAGUUUGUCAAGAAGUACGGCAACGUCUGGGGCGAAGCUCAGCGUGCUAUCGAGGCUUACCGGGAUGACGUAAAGAGCCGCUCGUUCCCGGCUGAGGAGCACACACUCGGAGCAAACACACUAUUGACGUAUAAAAACACGCUGUCGGUGUCCUUGCACUUGAGCUUCCUCCUCAAAUACCGCACCACUUCCUCGAACCUGCGCACCGAGCUAAUCUUGCACACAUCCUGGCUCAGUCCCGGUGCCGCGCCCACAGGCUUGAACCGUACCACCACCUUGUCCUGGGCGAAGAGGCCAGCCUUGGCCAGCGCUGCCGAGGCAUCUCGAGGCAGAUCCUGCAGCACGACUGAGGCGGACAUGGUCAAGGGGAGAUCGGGGGAGUCGGGCCUAUCGUCGGGCAAAUCUUCGUCCAUGGAGGACGGGCGUGGUGAGUCCAUAGUGUGG